GCGUGGAAACUUGUUCCUGUUCAGGUCCUUAGAGGGUGGGCAAGUCCAUCAAUUUUGAGGACUUACGAGUCAAAGAGGAGAAAGUACGCCAUAGACUUGAUUGACUUCGAUAAACAAUAUGCAGCCAUGUUCUCCAGUAAGACAAGGACUUCGGAUAACGAAGACGGCAUAUCCCCUGAAGAGGUCCUCCAGGCAAUCGAGACCGCUAGUGGUUUCGUGUGUGGCACAAGCAUACACUAUGGUCCUUCUGUGAUCGUCAAUACCAAACAUCAAUAUUGUGCGGAGAAUCUCGUCGUUGGGCAGUGCAUGCUCCCUCAGGUCUUCGUCCAUGCAGCAGAUGCGCGACCGGUGGAUAUUCACGAUUUGUUACCCGCGGAUAUCCGGUUUAAGAUUCUCGUUUUUCUCGGAUCCAUUGAGGAGGAAUCCAGAGUCGUGGAAAUCAAUGCGCUCGCUGACGAGUUGAGUUUGCCCGCGGGGCUCUUGCAGAAAUAUUCAAUGGGUGGUCAGACUUCGCCCAUGUUUGACCUCAUAACCAUCGUGGCGGGUAAGAAAGAGAAGUUUAAUUACCUGCGUGUUCCUCUGGUUUUUCGGCCUCAUUGGUCCAAAGUCUUGCUCGAUGAUACCGAUGUCACUGGGAGAAAGGGAGGUGGUGCCUACGAGAGGUUUGGCAUCAGUUCCAAGUCGGUUACCUUUGUGAUUGUGAGACCGGAUGGAUAUGUUGGGAUGGUGGCACCGGCUGCUGCCAUGGGGGACGUGCAUAAAUACUUUGCGUCGUUCUUACUU